CCCGUUCUUAUACACAACAGCAACUGCUCAGUUUUUAGCGUUAGAUUUAACGGCUUGCUAGCAACAGCGUCAGCACUGUCAUAUUCUCUCCAAAUUGUCUCGAUUUAAUCCAGGGGAAUCUGCGGCUAGCCCAGCUCCAAAAUGAUACGGAAGUGGCUGUUACUAAUAUGCACAGCGGCUGUGAUUGUGGCGAAUUCCUUGCUGGAUUUUGUGACCGCUGCCAGUGGGGAUGUCUUACUAUGUGACACACAGCAAAAUAUCGAAAGCUCUCCCAGAAGCCAUUGGGGAUAUAUUGCAUCACCUAAUCAUGCCAAGUCAUAUCCAGCUGAGCAUAUGCAAUGCAUGUUCAAGUUUUUACCGAAGGCAGACGAGCAAAUUCAGCUAAUAUUUACUUACUUUAACCUUCGAGAAUCCGACAAAUUUCCAGCAGCGCUAAACUGUGAUUUGUCGGAUUCUGUCAAAAUUUUCGUGGGUACCAGCAGUCCCAACGCCUCCGAGCCCGGAAAUCUGAUUGGAGAAUACUGUGGUCGCAGCAAGAUUCCCGAGGUUAUUAUGGCCGUUGGACCAAGACCUUUGACCGUCUUGUUCACCACGCGAGCAAAGGAUAGUCCGAUGCGCUCACUGUACAUGUUUAAAGCCAAAUACGAAUUCCGUAAGGAUUAUGGAUUAGGCAAGAUGGCGGCACAGCACAACCGCACAGCAGGGUGUCAUUUCGUGUAUGAUGGAAGAAAAGUGCCGGCCACAGGGACACUUCAAAGUCCAAACUUUGGAGGAUAUUAUCCUCUUUCCACCAACUGCAUUUAUACAUUCAGAUUAUUCAAUAAUCAAAGCCUUCAACUGCGGUUUCACACGUUUAAAGUGGUGGGACAACAAGAUUGUCGAGGAGAAGAUGACGAUACUUUGCAAAUUAAAGUGGGCGAAGACCGAUAUGAUUGGACUGAGUUUCUUGCUCCGGCCGAAAAUGAUCCGGCAAAACGACAGCCCACUAGCAACCUAUACUGCGGCUACAAAUUCCCGCCCCAGUUCAUUUUUGCGAACAAUGUUGUUCACGUAAUUUUUAAAUCAGGACCGUGGCGUACGAAUCUCGGUUUCCUCGGGACUAACACAUUCUUAGGGCAUCCAGGAAUUUGGCUCUCGGUUUCUACAGUGGAACCUCCUACUGUGAACACCACCGAACGCCGAACGCUGAGCACCUUUGAAUCUUGA